AUGGCAGAGAGAAAGGCGGAAAGAGAUGAAGAUUGGGAUAAUGGGAUAAGAGUUCAACUUGAACUCGAAUGCGGCGCGCAGGAUCUUGAAUAUCAGGAGUACGAGGCCCAUGCCCUGGAGAGAUCGCCCUCGCCCCCCACUGGUUGGGAAGAUGAGCACUCCCCUGAGGGAAGUUAUGACCCCUCUGCGGACGUGAUGACCUCUAUUCUGGCCAUCGCCCCGGCGCCUCGCGUGGAACCUGGCCAUGAUCCCAGGUCUUCCACCCUGGGCAGCAAAGGGCGAGCGGAAGUCGCGUACAACCUUGCCUCGGACGCGCCGAAGUUCUGGUAUCUGGCCAAGAUCCUUCAGGACGAGGGUGUCUUACAGGGCCCGUAUGGGAAGGACGGAAAGCGCCCCGGGCGGAUGCUCGUCUUCUGCCGAUACCCGCUGGUGAUGUGGCUGGUGGAGAUGUUCCUUGAUGCGCUGCGCGUGCCCUUCACGACCAUCAAGUCGUCGAUAAACAUGGAGCAGCGGACCGCCGCGUAUGACUAUUUCAAUGAUCCCAACAGCGACUGCGCGAUUCUGUUGACGACGUACAUCUGUGCUGCGUAUGGUCUCAACCUUCAGGCCGCGUGUUGCCUAGGGCUAUAG